AUGGCUCCGACACUGGUGGCUGCAAUUGACCUGGCUACGUACACACAAUCUACCCAGGGUCUUGAUGCGCAGGCAUUAUCAUACGUCGGCAAUGUCUUUAUCCAAGUCACGGACGCGACUAUCGAUCAGGCCCUUGAUCACCUGAAGCGAUCGGUAGGCCGUUUUGCCAACUACCUAGGCGUCACUUCAAUCACCUCCAUGGACGAUGUUCUCUCACUUCUCGAUGCCGGCGCCGCUAAGGUCUUCGUUACUCGCCAGCAACUAGACGAGCUCAAGGUGCGGAAGAUAGACCAGGACAGGAUCGUCCUAUGCUUGCCUGGAAACACAAAGGAAGAAAUCAUAGAGGCUAUAGCAGGGACACAUGUGGAUAUUUACGCCCACCAGGUGCAGGAUGUUGAUUUUGUCGAGGCAUGGCUGAAGGACUAUGGGACAGACCGCCCCGGAUUCUUCGUCUCCUUUGCGCAACCUAAUGUGGACACUGUAUCAAGACUAGCGAAACUGUCAGCAAUCCCCAUCGUAUCCGCUGAAAAUCUCACCAUCGACCCUUCGAAGCAAGGAGGCGCAUUGAGUGUCGCGAAGCUCAUCAUGGCCAACGCAACGAGCGACCGGCCCGACGGCCUUUUUACCACACUCGUGACUGACGAGCGGGGUAUCGCGCUAGGACUCGUAUACAGCAGUGAAGAGAGUGUCGCCGAAAGUCUGAGAACAGGACGUGGGGUAUACCAGAGUCGAAAGCGGGGAUUGUGGUACAAGGGCGAAAGCAGCGGCGACGUACAGGAGCUGGUAUCUUUGUCGCUCGACUGUGAUAGCGAUUGCCUUCAGUUUGUGGUGCGACAACAAGGCAGAGGCUUUUGCCAUCUGGCAACACCUACAUGUUUCGGCGAGUACAGUGGCUUGUCAAAACUGCAAAAGACACUGCAGAGUCGCAAGGCCUCAGCCCCGGAAGGCUCGUAUACUGCGCGCCUCUUCAAUGAUGAGCAGCUUUUGCGCGCAAAGAUACUAGAGGAGGCUACCGAGCUCUGCGACGCCAACACGAAAGAGGACGUUGCAUUCGAAGCAGCUGAUCUCUUCUACUUUGCCCUGACCAAAUGCAUAGCUGCUGGUGUAUCAUUAGAAGAUGUUGAGCGAAACUUGGAUGCGAAGAGUAUCAAGGUCAAAAGGCGGCAGGGCGAUGCAAAGCCCGCAUUUGCCGCACAGGCAGCAACGACAACACAGGGAACUACUAGUGAUUCAAGUACCAAGGAGAUGGUCAAGGAGGCUGCAUCGGUACCCAAGAGCAAAGACGACCCGGCAGGUACAAAGAAUGGCCGCAUCACUAUGAGGCGAUACGUAACCGCAAACGAGAGCCCAGAGACCAUCAGCGCUGCAUUGCAAAGACCUUCACAACGUUCAUCCGAAAAGAUUCUGGGUAUAUGCCGACCCAUAAUCGAGGCUGUCAGGACGCGCGGAGAUGCUGCGUUACUCGAGUAUACGCACAAGUUUGAGAAAGCUACAUCGUUGACCUCGCCCGUCUUGAGAGCACCUUUCCCACCAGAACUUAUGCAACUGGCCCCUGAGACCGCCAAAGCCAUCGAUGUUUCGUUUGAGAACAUUCGUAAAUUCCACGCUGCGCAGAAAGAAGACAAGCCACUUAGGGUGGAGACUAUGCCUGGAAUUGUAUGUUCGCGCUUUGCUCGACCCAUCGAAAGGGUAGGUUUGUAUAUACCUGGCGGUACAGCUGUACUUCCCUCCACCGCGCUCAUGCUUGGUGUGCCAGCCAUGGUUGCUGGCUGCAAGAAGAUUGUUCUGGCUACGCCACCACGAUCCAACGGUCAAGUAACCCCAGAAGUCGUCUACGUUGCUCAUAAAGUUGGCGCAGAGUCUAUCGUACUUGCUGGAGGUGCACAAGCUGUUGCGGCCAUGGCAUACGGUACUGAAAGCGUGACCAAGGUUGAUAAGAUUUUGGGCCCUGGCAACCAAUUUGUUACAGCAGCUAAAAUGCACGUUUCCAACGACACAAAUGCCGGAGUAAGCAUCGACAUGCCGGCGGGACCCAGUGAGGUCCUUGUGAUUGCUGAUGCAUUUGCCAAUCCCGCGUUUGUCGCAUCGGAUCUACUCAGUCAAGCCGAGCAUGGCGUGGACUCUCAGGUCAUCUUGAUCGCAGUUGGACUGAAUGAAUCCCAGCUCGGGGCAAUCGAGGAUGAGUUACACAAACAGGCAAUUGCUCUACCGCGCGUGGACAUCGUCCGCGGCGCGAUCGAGCACUCGCUUACACUCGCCGUAAGCACGAUGGAUGAAGCCAUGGAGCUAAGCAACCAGUACGCGCCAGAACAUCUUAUCCUCCAAGUCAACGAGGCGGAGAAGGUUGCAGAAAUGGUUGAGAAUGCUGGAAGCGUGUUCAUCGGCGAAUGGACACCGGAAAGUGUUGGUGACUACUCCGCCGGUGUCAACCAUGCGUUGCCAACAUACGGAUACGCAAAGCAAUACUCAGGUGUAAACUUGGCAUCUUAUGUCAAGCACAUCACCAGUUCCCAUCUCACUAGACAAGGUCUGGAAAAUGUGGGCGCAGCUGUGAUGGAGCUCGCGCGUGUCGAAGAACUAGAGGCCCACCGUCGCGCUGUAAGUUUACGGUUGGGCGUCGCAUAGAAUAAUGUUACUCGGUUUGCCUUUCAAUAUUCGGUCAUAGAUUAUCAAAAAGCUCUGGGCGGCAUGGUAGAAGUUUCCUUUUGAUAGUACAUGUGUAGUAGUUGCAAGCGUCGGCCAUUGUCUAGAGAUGCCCCGUGGUAGUUUGGGGGAAUUCAAUGACAACAAUAAGCAUU